GAUAUGAAAAAUUACAAUAUACUCAAAUACAUAAUUAAUAAAUAACGGUAGCCGUGUAUAAACGAAGUAAACGAUCAUCGCAAUAUGGCCGAAAAUUCCCCUGAAAACGACCCAGCUUCGCAAAACGAGGCUGGAGCUUCUGAUAGCAAUGCUCAACAAGGUAGUUCACCUGAUACUGGAUCGUUUUCUCGGAAGCGAGGUAUAGAUCCAGACUCCCCAGUCCCAAUAAGAAAGAAAUGCAAGCUGUUCUUUUGCACCCACUUCGGUGGCAUAGUGGCUUUUGUAGUGCCAUUACUUCUUCUGCCGAUUCUCUCGCCUUUUCCACCGGAGAAGUGGCAAUGGUGUGCCUACACUCUGUGCGUGAUGGCUGUGUACUGGGUAUUCGAAUGCAUCCCGUUGCCCGUCACGUCCUUCCUUCCCCUGAUCAUUUUCCCGCUCACCGACAUCAUGUCUACGCGAACAACUUGCUUGGCUUAUAUUAACGAUACUGUGGUUAUGUUCUUGGGGAGCAUUAUGCUCGCGGCGGCGGUGGAGCAAUCCGGUCUACACAAGCGCUUGGCUCUGUACUCCAUCAAGAUCGUCGGAUACUCGCAUUAUAAAAUGCUGUUUGCUGUUGCUUUUGUGACUAUGUUCAUAUCGAUGUGGAUCACGAACACCGCCGCUGCUACAAUGAUGGUGCCCAUUGUGUUUGCUUUGUUAAGAGUUUACGAAAGUCAAGGACUCUAUAAAAUAUACAAUGUAGAUGAAAAAACGGGAGAAAAAACGGCAACGCCCCUAACAAGCUGUUACUUUUGUUGUAUCACAUUUGCAGCAACAAUUGGUGGCAUUGGAACCCUGGUUGGCACUGCAACUAAUUUAGUUUUUAAAGGCCUCUUCGCUAGUGCAUAUCCUAAGGCGCCGGAAUAUAUAUCUUUUCCCCUGUAUUCUGGAUAUGCUAUACCAUACAUGAUUGUGAUAAAUUUGUAUAUGUACUUAUAUCUUGCGGUGUAUUACAUGGGGCUUUUCAGACCAAAUAGUGCUGCUGCUAAAAGUGUCAAAAUAACCCCUGAGGGUCUAACGUCUGCCAAAAAAAGAGUCGAAAAUGACAUUAAGGCUCUCGGCCCAAUAUCCUGCCAUGAAAUUAUGGUACUAUGUCUAUUCAGCUUAGGGAUAUUGCUAUUUUUUUCACGAGCACCUCAAGUUUUUCCUGGAUGGGCCGAUAGAAUAAGAGAUGCUUUUGGGAUUGAAAGUAAAAAAUUUAUCAGAGAUUCAGCAGCGGCAACAUUUGUUAUAUUUCUAAUGCUGUACUUACCAGCUACCUCGACCAUAUUUAAGAACUGUAAAGCAAAAUUUGUCGACGAACUUCCAAAGGGGCCAAUUCCGUCUUGCCUCAACUGGGGUGUGAUGAAUGCUUCUUUGCCGUACAGUUUUUCAUUUUUACUAGCUGGAGGUUUUGCCUUGUCCACUGCGGCAGGAGCGAAGUAUUCCGAUUUGAAUGGAAAGAUUGGAAUUGUAUUAGAGAAAUUGCAGGGCCUACCCAACGGAGUUAUUCUUUUGAUAAUUAUCUUUUUUACAAUCUUUCUUACUAAUUUUGCCUCGAACGUAGCUGUUUGCAACGUGAUUACGCCAAUAGCAAUGCAGCUGGCUGAGAAAGUGAAUGUGAACCCGCUGUGGUACAACAUUGCGUCUGGGAUCGCCGCCUCGUAUUGCUUCAUGAUACCGGUGGGGACUCCAGGGAACCUCAUUGUUCAGAGCGCCGCAAAUAUACCCACUUCUCAUAUGAUCGUAGCAGGCGCCGGUCCCACUCUCACUACACUGCUAUUCACUUGGUCCUUCAUGUAUUUAUACGCCCCGGUUAUUUGGCCGAUUCUGAAAACUAACAAACCGGAUUGGGUGGGAGAGGCGGCGGCAGCUCCAUGA